AAGUCUCGAGUAGCACCUUUAAAAACACUGACAGUGCCAAAAUUGGAAUUAUGUGCCGCAGCCUUAUUAGCUCAACUAAUUCAUCAAAUCUCAAUGCUAAAUAUAUUUAAUGCUGAAUUUCAUUGUUGGUCUGACUCAUCUAUAGUAUUAUCUUGGAUCAGAUCUGAGCCGUCUACUUUCAACGUAUUCGUGACCAACCGAGUGAGCAAAAUUCAGCAUAUGACUAAAGGCAUGAUAUGGUAUCAUGUUCCCACCGAUUUAAAUCCUGCCGACAUUUUGUCAAGAGGAGCGACUCCAGACGAACUCUUAACUUCAUCACUUUGGAAAUGUGGACCACCGUUUUUGCUUGACAAUCGAAAUACUUGGCCUGCAACUUUUUCCCUCCAGCAUGACUUGCCUGAAAGGCGUAAGACUAUUCUUGUUUCAACCGUAAAAAUAACUGAUAUUUCAGUUAAUUGUAAAUUCAUCAACACCUUUUAUAAAUUGCAACGUGUAUUUGGGUAUAUUCACAAAUUCAUCACCAAAGACCGAUCUGCUAUCUUAACAACUAACAACAUACUGCAAGGUACUGUCAUAUUAAUUCGAAUGGUUCAGAAGGUGAAUUUAUGUAAUGAUUAUCACAACUUGGAAUGCAAAAAACCAAUCAGCUGCUCAAGUAAGUUACUUUCUUUAUCACCUUUUUUAGAUGAUUAUGGCCUGAUUCGCGUUGGUGGUCGAUUAAAAAACUCCAACCUAGACUUUAAUGCACAGCAUCCAAUUAUAUUGCCCAAGCAUCAUCCGCUCACUGCUUCCAUCAUUAAUCAUUUUCAUCGCAAAAUGCUGCAUGCAGGCCCACAGUCUUUGCUUGCUUCAAUGCGUCUUCAGUACUGGCCGAUAGGAGGUAGAAAGCUAGUAUCAAAAGUCAUCAACCAAUGUAUUAUAUGUUUUCGAGCCAAACCAACAACUGCAAAGCAUAUCAUGGGACAAUUACCUAAGGAUCGUGUUCAUCCUACUCGUGCUUUCGUCAUUACUGGCAUAGCAAAUGCUAUGUUUGCUUAUUCAUUUGCUUUGCAACCAAAGCUGUCCACUUAGAAUUAGUCA